UUAUGUUGGAAAGUCAUGUGGAUGUUUCUAAUUUUGGUUUGCUGACUGCAAACAUACUUGUAUACACGAAGUUACCGACGUAGAAGUAGCACUACUGUCGAGUGGCUUCGAGAGAAUUCGUCUACCUCCACUAUGGAUAGCAACAGCAAUGCUCCUUUCGUCAGGAACUGUUACAAUUGUGGCCAGCCCGGCCACAUCUCUAGGUUAUGUCCCUUAUGUGAUAGGAGAUUGAAUGGUCACCCUCGGUCCACUAGUUCUGCGAUAGUCCCGUUUCAGGCACUGAUACUUUCCGUUAGCACUAGUGUUCCGACUGCCAACGUACCGUAUAAUGGUCGGUAUUCAGGAGGUGGCUACCUGCGGCAGCGUGUUACUACGCUGGAAGAUGUUGUAGAGAAGAUCAAAUCGAAGCAUGACGCAGACGAAGCAAAGGAGCAAGCAGCCAAGGAAGAAAUUGAAAGGAAGAAGCGUGAAAACAAAGAGGAGGAGAGAAGAAUGCGUGAAAAGAAAGAAAGAGAGGAGUUUCAUUCAUCAAUCACCAAGGAGUUGUCUAGCAAAUUGGACGUUGUUGUUGGCGCCAUCGGGAAGAAGAACGAUGACAGUGAGGUGGCCAAGCUGAAACAAGAAAUUGAGAGAUUGAAAUGUGAACAGUGCGUGGCCGGUCCUUCUACAACUGUUCACAAGCCACCAACAGAGGCGCAACGGGUAGAGAGACUCAAGCAAGAACAAGCGGAGAUGAAAGCUGAAUCGGAAAGGAGAUUUGCUAUAUCGGAGGAGGAGAUUGCGAAGUUGAACCGGUUACGGGAGGAAGCGGUUGCGGAUGCAGAAGCCUGGAAGAAUGAGGCUCUAAGGCCGGGAAACAAGCGUGGUAGCUUGGUUAUGGGGUCCCCGACAUCUCAGAUGAGGAUCCGACCUCGCGUAACCCCGAGCCAAGUUACUGGCACAGGGAAGAAGAAGGCAGAUGAGCAUUUGAAAGGAGUAGUAGAGCGACACGUGAUGGAAGUCGACAUGCUGAAAGAGCUGCGAUUAAAGGAGUUGAAUGGACGACGGGAAGCCGAGCAAGAGCUCGAGAAGUUGAAAGAGAAGCACGAAAGAGACCAACGGGAGAUUGAGAGAUUGCGGUAAGAAAUGAAUAAGUUGAACAUGG